AUGCCCUCUCCAAGAGCAAGAGCCUCGCCGUGCAACGCCAGAGUCAACCACGGCUCGUCAUCCCCAGCUGGUCCAUCCGAAGGUUCUCUCCUGAUCGACCCUGCAGUUCUGGGAUACGGCGGGGGUUACUACGACUACGACGACUACGACUACGAUGCGGAUGGGUAUGAUAGUGACAACGGCUCCUACUACAGUGAUGACUCUUGGAGCGAUACAGAUUCUCUCUCCUCCAGCGAGGCCACGGACGAGGAGUACCUAGGUGGAGGCGAACCUUAUCAAGGCACAUUCGUGGCUACAGUUGUUCCGUACGGCCAAGCACUCGCAAACGCAAACCUCGACGUCAUGGAGGGAGUCAACUUCUCUGCUCCCGACAACACAGCCUUCGAGAUUGUCAUUGUCGACGAUGACGAAGGCUUCGACGACCACCUGGAGACUCUCGACCUCGCCGUCUUCGUCUCUGAAGAGUCACUCAUGGAGGAGCCUGUCCACCUCGACACCACAGAGUACUGGGCUUCCUAUGACUCUGGUGAUCUAGACAGCGACGGAGACGAGUCUUGCAUCUCUCGAAGCGACUUCGCCAACAUUCUCUCCGAGCAGAAUUUUGUCUCUGUUGACCAGGAGGAUGACGACAUGGACUUAUUCGACGCGUACACCUCAGAGAACGAUACACCAAUGGCCACCUCAUAUGGCACACGGGAAGAUGGUGUGGAGUAUGCCGACGUGCCAAUCCUCGUCGAUACUCCUAUCACGGGCAACCGGAGCAACGAGAGCAACGAGAGAUCAGGAGAUAACGUGUUGAAGCGCAAACUUGAGAUCGAAAGUGGCGAUGAAGGAGAGCUAGCCAGACAGAAGAGCUUCUCCUCUGUAGAGUCUUGGUAA